CACUUGGGCCACAAUUAUUCCCUAGUGAUCCAUACGGGAAUUGGGCUUACAUCAUGUUAUUUAUUUUGCAGGUUAUUGUUAGAGAGUGGUAUAAGAUCCAGCAUAACCUUCUUACAACAACUCGAGUUAUUGGAACAAGCUGGUUCUUGACAUGGUAUCAGAGCUGGUUUGGCCAAGUGGUCAUUUGUUCGAAUCUCCACGACCCCUUAUAUUAACAGUUGAUUAAAAGCACAUGCUAUGGUGGGCCUGUGCAAACUUCAAGCUCAUGGGUUGGCUUUCAUUUGAGGAGGCGUGUUACCUAUGCUAUGUAUGUACAAGGGUUUAGUUGUUACGUUUCUAUAUUAGAAGGGUAUAUUUGUGCAAAUAAUUAGUAGAAGGGUACGCUUGUUAAUUUGCGAUACUAGAGGGGUAUAAAAUGCUAACAAAUGUCAAAUAAUACUUCAUUAAGAAUCUGAAUCGCUAUUCGUCGCCAUAAAACUCAAAUUUUAUCACCCUAAAAUGCACCAAAUUGACAAUCUUACCCUCUUACCCCAAUCUCUAACCAAAACUCUAAACAAACAAUCUCUUACCCUACCCAACCGCCAACGACCUCAACCCGGACACUGCUGUGAAAUGGAUUUGAUCUAUCAUUAUUUUUCUGAUGAACUAGUUAAUGUUGCGGAUGGGGAUUAUCAGUUUGCGUGAAAUGGAUUUGAUCUAUCAUUAUUUUCCGAUUAACUAAUUAAUGUUGCGGAUGGGAAUAUGGGGUGCAGCUAGGGGUGUCAGAUCGGGUUCGGGUUUUUGGUUUUAACCAAACCCAAACCGAUAACAAUGCCAUUGGGUUCGGUUUUUCGGUUUCAACCCGAAAGCUAUCUGUAGCGGUUUCGGUUUUGCUAUAACCCGAAAACCCGAAGCUGUAGUUGGCCUCUCACGGUGACAUUUCGAAUUUUAUAGAGGUGAGAACAGACUUCGCCGAACUUACACUGCCAUCACUUCGCCGACGCCGGCAAAAUCAUCCCUUCGUUCCAGAUUGAAGCUUUCCCCGUUGGCGCAUCUGGGUAACGCAACCCUUCUCUGAUCUGGUUUUAGGGUUUCCCAGAUUUUGUUUCCUCUCCUUGCAUCGUCAAUUCGAGAUCAAGCAGCUCCUCUAUCUGUUACUCGGUUCUCCGAACUCAACUCCACUUUAUGUUGCUCUUUAAGAUAUAGAUUUGCUUGUAUGAGUUUGGUGUGAGAUUGGCGGUUCUAGUGACAGUGAGUAAUCCGAUGUUGGGGUUUGGGCUUCAUGUUCUUCUCCAUUCGUCGCCUGCAACAGCAGAAGCAUGACAAUGGUCAGCAGAGCAGUACCCUUGGACAAUGAGAACAAAUUCAAGGACCAAAACUAAGGGAGGAAGAUGUUGGUGCAAGUGCAGGUGAAUGCCAUUUUGGCCUCCUGGAGUUGGCAGAUUCUUCCAUUCUUCCUAUCCUAACUGCUACUUUUAGCUUCUGCUUCAGUUUAUGUGUUUAAUUUGCAGAGCAGUACCCUUGGACAAUGAGAACAAAUUCAAGGACCAAAACUAAGGGAGGAAGGUGCUGGUGCAAGUGCAGGUGAAUGCCAUUUUGGCCUCCUGGAGUCGGCAGAUUCUUCCAUUCUACCUAGCCUAACUGCUACUUUUAGCUUCUGCUUCAGUUUAUGUGUUUAAUUUCCUGCUAACCAUAUGAAGAACUGAUUGUUUCUGAGUAUUCAGAUGGUACCCUAUUGGAAGGAAGGAAUCAUAUGUUGAGGAUGAAAAGGGUGCUGAGAUAAUGGCUCUUUGGGGAGGCUCUAAGCUAAUUUGCUUGAACAAUUGAUUACGAAGACGGGUUCUAACUGGCUAGCUACCUCUAUAGAUCUCAGUGUUUUAGUGCAUGAUUCAGUGGAGAUUUGAUUUUGCUCCAUUUAUCUAUUGCUAAUUUCUUGAUUUUAGUACGUUGUGGAAUCAUACAAUGAAAUAGGUUAUGAGAAGUUUAGUUUUGCUGCUGCAUAAUUAGUCUAUUAGUGUACUUUCUAUCUGCCCUCUUGGCCUUUCAGCCUUCGCCUCAACUGCUGUACAUCCUGUCUCUGCUUUCUUUCUUUCCUUAUGUCAUGUUUGCUAAUUAAACCACUUAAACUAAGUUCUUGCAUAGUUGCAGCAACUUCUAGGGCUUUUAUCAGGUUAUUGACAAGUUGCAUAACCUUGGCACUCUUUGACAUGUCCCACAAUGCGUGCAAUUGCUGCAAGAUCAACAGAGCAAAAAACAGAUUAAGAGGCUAGCAAUGCAUCAACAAAGCAACUGAAGUAUGAGAUGUAAUCAAUCACUAAGGUAGCAUUAGAAGCAGCGAUCACUGAGGUAGCAUUAGAAGCAGCUGAAGCUUAAACUAAGAUGGAGGAGGUGUUGGCCAUUUUGAUGUUGGGUGCAUUGAAAGGCCAACAGCUAUGAGCAACUGGUUCAAGUUCAGAAGGGUGCAAUGGAGGAGGAGAUCGCCAUCAUCACCAGCCUUCAUCAGGGUCAAAGUUUCGAGCUCGAUUAAGAGGAAGAGAGCGAUGAUGAUGGUUAGAGCUUCCAUCAGGAAAGUGCUGAAGAGGUUGAAAGAAGGCCAUGCUUAUUUUGGUGAUCUCUUUGCUGGGGAACUAUCUAUUCCUGCAGAUCAUGGUGUUUGUUGAAGUUGGUUCGGUUUUAGUAGUUCAUUAGCUGGUGUAAUCUUCUAUGUCAAGUGUAAUUUACUUUCUCGUCUAAUGAGUUAAAAUUUGGUGGAUAUGCAGUGUAUUUGGCAGAAUGAAUGGUGCUAGUUAAUGGGCAAGUGUUUGCAGUAGUCACCAUUCCUUUUUUGUUUUCGGGUUUUCGGGUUUCAUUAUAACCAAACCGAAACCGUUAGUGGAAUUUUCGGGUUCGGGUACCCGAAAACCAAAAAUGACAGUUUCGGGUUCGGUUUUGCCUAAGGAGAGUUUUUUGGGUUUUUGGGUUCUGUGGUUUCGGGUUCGGUUACCCGACCCGAACCGAACCGACAGCCCUAGGUGCAGCAGAAGAAUCUGGCAGCCUGCUGAUGGCGGCUAAACUGUUGGACAAUAUUGAAGAAAUAUAGAAAGAGAGCUAGCAAGCAAGCCAAGCCACAAAUGAGGAAGAGUCCCCAGAAGCUUGAGAGGUGAAGUCUGUCCACUUGAAAUGUCUCUUCUUCCUUGCAUUUUAAGGCGCCUGAAAGGCUGCCAGAUUCUUCUGCUGCCGCCGCCGCUUGUUUUAGUGUUUAUAUAUGUUUUGAAAGAUAGGAAUUAAGCUAAGGAUAUUUG